AUGCACACGUCCUUCCUUCUUGCUACCGCCCUCACAAUCCUUGGCAUAAAUGCCGCCGAGUCUAGCACUAUAAUUGGCUACUUUGCCCCAGGCUGGGACGCGACCCUCCUCCAACACGGCGGCUGGACCAGCACCGCCGCCAGCCUGGCCGACAUCAACGCCAAUGCUGCGACAUACCACGUAGGCUGUGAGAAGAAUGCCCCCAAGACAGACUGUGACUAUCCCACCUCAUGGACUAUCAUCCAGGGUGCCGAGACGGUGAGCUUCUCGGGCGAGUACAUCGCCACCGCCUCAAGCGACGGUACUAGCUACGACAUCACUGUUACACAGUCGUAUGAGUGCUCGCUCAAGUCUUCGACUGAGUCUGCCAGCUGCACUAUGAGUGUGGGGAUGACUGGUUCGGCUGAUGGUGCGAAAUACACGUCUUCGAGUUCCUCCGCGGCUACUUAUACUACUGCGCCAAUUGAUGGGUCUUACUACCAGUUGACUGUUACUGCGGGCCUGAGCUCUCUUACUAUGCCUGCGGCUACUGAGACUGGUGGUGCUGUGGGGGCUGCUGGGGCUAUGAUUACUGCUGCUCCGGUCGUUGCCGCUGCUGCACUUGCUGCUUUGCUGUGA